CCUGAAGGACUCUGUGUAUUUAUCGGGUAUCUGUGUCCAGAUAUAAAUCCAGACCUUUGGUCAGACCCAACUUUAGAAGAAAAACACGCUCUUUAUUGGAUGACCACGACGUGUGAAGAUGCAUUGCGUGUCCGAUGAGUGCAAAAUCUGCCAAUUAAAGUCCGUGAUCAAGAGCUCGGCGCAGACAGGAGUACCCGCGGUGAAGAAACCCGCAAGAAGCUCCACCCGGUAAGAAGUGGAAGAGUGAUAUUCAGUGAAGAAAGAGAAGAGAGUGGGGGCCAGCAAACAAACACCAGCGCCUCAUCAAAUGAUGGGGAUAAAGCACCUUCUGCUUCUUUUGGUUUACUUAGACCCUCUGAAUGUCCUGUGCGCCGCCACCGCUAACAAAAAGAACAAAACCCCGCUGAGGAGGAUCCCAAAGGUGAAGGAGGUCAACGGCAGCACCACCGCGGUCCCCGGAGCCGCCGCCGUCCCGGGGAAGAUCACCCAGGUCCAGGCUCCGCCGCUCGUCGCGUUCCAGCACGACACAUGUAAGGGCUACUACGACGUGAGCGGUCAGUUCGACAACGCGUUCGCCUGCAACAACACCGACCACCGCUUCUGCUGCGGCAGCUGCUUCCUGCGCUUCUGCUGCGCGGACCGGGGGAAGCGGCUAGAGCAGAACAGCUGCAACAACUACAUCACCCCGGACUGGAUCAAAACCCAGCCCCCGUCACCGGCGCCAACAGGUGACACGUACGACCCCGAGCUGGACCAGACCAACACCACGGUGUACAUCACCUGCGGGGUCAUUGCGCUCAUCAUUGCCAUUGGGAUUUCUGCAAAAGUUGCCUACGAUAAAGCCACGAAGCCCCCUCAGGAAAUGAACGUGCACAGAGCCCUGGCUGACAUUUUGAGACAACAAGGACCAGUUCCCAUAUCUCAGUAUGAGCACGAAAACAUCGCAGCGCUUGACGGGUCCCCCAAAGAUGAGACACCGGUCAGAACCUUGAAGAAUCAUUACACACCUGUUCACACUAAGGCAGCAAACCAUGGACAUUACGGAAAAGAGAACCUGCGCAGCGGAGGCCAAGACAUGCACAACUUCAUCUCCUCUGGGUUUGUCACACUUGGACGUGGCCACUUGAAAGCGCAGCACUCCAUAGACGAAUCGGGGCAGAUGUCCUGGCAGGGCGAUCUGGACAUCCCCAUGUCCUACGGAAACCACCACCAUGACUACCAGCAUAGCCACCUGGACCUGACCGCCCUGACACCUAAAAUGGAGCGACCCCAGCGGAUGAACAACAUCCUGACCUCAGCCACGGAAGCCUACGACCUGUCCCUCUCCAGAUCCUUCCAGAACCUGAGCCAUCUGCCGCCCUCCUACGAGCUGGCCCUCAAGUCUGACUUAAGUGAUAAAGACAUAGAUGACUACUACGCCAGGAAGCAUCAUCCUGACUUUGGUGGACGGGGACCGACCCACAUGGUGAAGCUGAACGCAGAACCCCAGCAACACCAGCAACACCAGCAGCACCAGCAGCGGCAACGUCCCCGUCGAGUCCAAAGGGCCAUGUCGCAGGACCACGUCCUGUCUCCUCCCAGGACGCCGCGACGUGGAGAGUACGGCCUGUCUUCAUACGGUGUGAUGGCGGCCGCAGCAUAUGGAAGCAGCCGCCACCUCUCGGAGGAGCAGCUGCUCUCAGCGGACCGCCUCCAUUCCCAGGAUCCGCUGUUGCUAUCCCCAGCAAUGAGGCGUGACAAGUUCCGUGAGAAGGCCAUGGCGAGGGCGAUGUCUCAUGCUGACAUGCUGAUACCCACCACGCCAGUUAUGGACCGCCACAAGGUGACCAAGAUGCACUCUCAACCCAGUGCCUCCACCGACUCCUACAACACGCUGACGGUCAACCACCAAGUGACCACGUCUAAGAGGCAGGCGUUUGCUUCCCGACGAACACACACGGUGGACCACCUGCAGUACAUUCCCGGCCACCACCACACAUACCACACUGCCAGUAAGAACGAGGUAACUGUUUAACUCCGGGGUUGAAGCAUUCCUGAGACCCACCACCAACAUCAACAGAAGGAUACUCAGCAGAACUGUUCAGUCUUCUCAUCAAAACAACCUCCUGCAUUUAAGAAAAAAGAACAAAAAAAGAACUCUUCCGGCUUUUUAGCACAAGCUUUCUGUGUCAUCCAGAUUUUGGAUAAUUAGAAUCAAACCCUGGCAAAGACAUUUCUCUCUUAGAGCAUCAUAAGGGCUUUGCGUGGCGACACAAAGAUCCUUCAUGUCGGACAUUAGACAAUGUGAAGAAAAUAUUUUUUA